AAGGCCACCGAUGAGCAUUCCCUAGGUCAAGAGAAGCUCUUCAGUCCACUUUGCAGUCCACUUUGCAGUCCACAAACCACAAGUCUCAAAUCAGUGUCUUCAAACUGUAGCAUUAUGUCUCCUUCAGCAACCGUAGAUAUCGUCCCCGUGGUAGCGCCCAUCGCGGAGAAAGUUCUCCCUGUGUCUCUCAAGGAGCAAGCCCCGGCUGUCCAGCCUGAAGACGAUGGACUCCCAAAGGUCCUGACGGGACACAAGGAGCCAUUGAAACUCAGCGGCGCCCUCGACCAGUUCGACCAGUUCGAUGUCACCCCCGUGAUUGGCAAGGAGUUUGCCAACGUCGAUCUCGCCGAGUGGUUGCGUGCACCCAACUCUGACGAACUGCUCCGCGACUUGGCCAUCACGGUCUCCCAGCGCGGCGUCGUCUUCUUCCGCAAGCAGGACAACAUCACCAAUGAUCUGCAAAAAGAACUCGUCCAACGACUCGGCCAACUCACCGGAAAGCCCGAAACGUCAGGGCUGCAUAUCCACCCUAUCAGCAACUCCUCACGCUCGACAGGAGUCGAUGACGAUGAGAUUAGCACAAUCUCCUCCAGGCAGGCCAAGGCCCUGUUCGCCGACCGGUUCCCCAAGCUAUCACAGAGCCAGAAGCGCCAGUGGCACAGCGACAUAACCUUCGAGCCUGUCCCCAGCGACUACGCCCUCCUGAGACUCACAGAGCUCCCCAAGACCGGCGGAGACACCCUUUGGGCCUCGGGAUACGAACUCUACGAUCGCAUCUCUAAGCCGCUCCAGGGCUUCCUCGACAAGCUCACGUUCUACUCCGCCCAGCCGGAAUUCAACAAUGCCGCCGCUCGCAACAACUUCCCCAUCUACGCAGCCCCGCGCGGUGCACCCGAGAACAUCGGGGAAGCCCUCGAGGCCAUCCACCCCGCAAUCCGCACCAACCCCGUCACCGGGUGGCGGAGCGUCUUCGCCGUCGGCCAUCACGUCCAGAACCUCCAGGGGCUCAGCGAGGCGGAGUCCAAGUACUUCCUCGACUGGUUCGUCCAGCUGAUCGUCGAGAACCACGAUUUGCAGGUCCGUCUGCGCUGGCAAAACCCCAACGACGUCGCCAUCUGGGACAACCGUAGUGUCUUCCACGCUGCCACCCCGGAUUACAUCAAUAAGGACCUGGGCGAGCGCACCGGGUCGCGCUCGGUAGGCUUGGGUGAGAGGCCCUACUUUGAUCCUCAGAGCACCGGUCGACAAGAGGCCCUGGCUGCUGCUAAGGAGACUUGAUUGGGGAACUCGGUGGGCCUCGGAGAGCAUAGCAUCCGAUAAUGGCGACGAGUACUCCGUACAGCUACUCUAGAUAGUUAAUGAGUUAUGUUUAGGCUUCGAUGAAAAACGUAAUGUAUCGUGUGAGAACACAGUCAGACUAGGAGGAUGCUAGUCACAUGAUACACAUGCAUCCCUCUAUAUAAACGGUCGCAGCCUUCACGGAGUUCUUUCGUCCUCAAGGAUCA